AUGUCUACCCACGUCCACAAGCCCGCGUUCUUCUGCCGAUGCCGACACCGGAUAACAUUCGCGCCGUAUGGUCUGAUUAACGUGAACGGCCGUCCACUCGACAACAUCGAGCCACAGGUGCUUAAGUUUAAGCUACUGGAGCCCAUUCUGCUGUUGGGACAGGACAGGUUCUCCGGUGUGGACAUCCGGGUGCGAGUGAGAGGUGGUGGACACGUGGCCCAGAUCUACGCCAUACGUCAGGCCAUAUCGAAAGCACUGGUAGCCUACUAUCAGAAGUACGUGGACGAGGCC